UUUUGCCUUUGCUGUUUUCCUUUGGAGCUUUGAAUGGAUCAUGGAUCUACGAGAUUACGUCUUACCUGCUUGCGCUCAAGGACUGACUACAACCAGAGAGUGAAUGGACUGUUUUAGAGAGAAGGCCACAGUGUGACACAGGGGGAGUGUGGAGAAGAGAAGCGAGUGACUGCCAAAAGGCCUUUGAGAGGAAGAAAGCAUUAUUGACAAGGAGGAUUGUUUUAGAGAGGGCUGCUUGGAAAUACCAAAUCGGAGGUAGAGCAAUAGAGUGAAGAUGGUGGGAGAGAUGAACUCAUCGGAUUCGAUUCCCUAUGGUGGGAAAAGUGCUUUUACACAGACGGAACACAACAUCGUUGCAGCAUACCUCCUCACUGCAUGUGUAAUCAGUUUGGCCAGUAACUUUGUGGUUCUAGGGAUGUUUAUGAAGUUCAAGGAGCUGCGGACGUCCACUAAUACCAUCAUUAUUAACCUGGCCUUCACAGACAUUGGGGUUGCAGGCAUUGGCUAUCCUAUGUCUGCUGCGUCUGACCUGCACGGCAGCUGGAAGUUCGGCUACAACGGCUGCCAGAUCUAUGCGGCUCUCAACAUCUUCUUUGGAAUGGCAAGCAUAGGGCUUCUAACAGUGGUUGCCAUUGACCGUUACCUCACAAUUUGCAGGCCUGAUAUAGGUCAAAAGUUGAGUAAGCGCUGGUACAGGACGAUGAUCUUGGCCGCAUGGCUGAAUGCAGUGUUCUGGUCCUCCAUGCCAAUUGUGGGCUGGGCCGGAUACGCUCCUGAUCCCACCGGGGCCACAUGCACUAUCAACUGGAGGAAGAACGAUGCGUCGUUUGUGUCCUACACCAUGUGUGUGAUCCUGAUAAACUUCAUCAUUCCUCUCUCCAUCAUGUUCUAUUGCUACUACCACGUCUCUGUUACCAUGAAGAGAUACAAGGCCAGCAACUGUCUGGACAACAUCAACAUGGACUGGUCUGACCAGAUGGACGUCACUAAGAUGUCCAUCGUGAUGAUCCUGAUGUUCCUGGUGGCCUGGUCGCCGUACUCUAUAGUGUGUUUGUGGGCUUCAUUCGGUGAUCCCCGAAAAAUUCCAGCUCCUAUGGCUAUCAUUGGCCCUCUCUUUGCCAAAUCCUCCACAUUCUAUAAUCCGUGCAUUUACGUCAUUGCCAAUAAGAAAUUCAGAAGAGCCAUCGCUGGAAUGCUUCAAUGCCAGACCCGACAACGAAUCACCAUCAGCAGCCAGGUUCCCAUGACAAUUUCUCAGCUGCCACUCAACCAGUAAAUGUCAAGUAUCUCUGAUGGAAUGGUAACAUCUAGUAUCCCAUAAUAAUCCUCUGUGGAGCGCUGGUCGUUACAGAGAUAGGCACGUCUUGUUUUGUCCGAACACCCUUCACCUUAAUUAUCCACCUGUAAAGGUGAAGUGAGCCCAUAAGAUUUUCAGCAAAUGAAUGAUAUUGUCAGCUUUUUUUUUCUUUCAUUUUUACUUAUAUGUUUUUCUGUCACAUUAUCCAGAAUAGAAUAUUCAAGUCACUUUUACAUUCUACCAGUUUAUACUGAAUUAUUACAAAAAAGCUCUGUUUUAUUAUCUUAAACACCAACUUGACCACCUGAAGGUCUCCCUCCAAAUGAAUUUUGUUAAUGUUGUGACAAUAUAUUACCAGUAUUGAAUUGUCAUGUUUACAGUAUAAAUUCCACAUCAGUUUAUAAUGGGCAUUACUGUGUGGUAUUUUAAUGUCUUAAGAUUUCCCUAUAUCUGUCAUAAGCAUAGAUGUGCAAUGAACCCUGAAGACAGAGUUUCAGAAAAGACUUGAGGUAAAAGAUGGUCAAACAGGAAACAGUUUAAUCAAAUAUUUAAUCUUUA